GUCUCCAAGGCAAACCCGGAGCGCUAAGCCCGCGCUUCCGCAGUGGAGGAGAUGGCUUCCAGCCCACUGCCGGGGCCCAACGACAUCCUGCUUGCAUCGCCCUCGAGCGCCUUCCAGGCGGACGCACUGAGCCAGCCACGGCCGGGCCACGCCAACCUCAAACCCAACCAGGUGGGCCAGGUGAUCCUCUAUGGCAUCCCCAUCGUGUCCUUGGUGAUCGACGGGCAGGAACGCCUGUGCCUGGCGCAGAUCUCCAACACCCUUCUCAAGAACUUCAGCUACAACGAGAUCCACAACCGCCGCGUGGCGCUGGGCAUCACGUGCGUGCAGUGUACGCCUGUCCAACUGGAGAUCCUGCGGCGCGCUGGGGCCAUGCCCAUCUCUUCGAGGCGCUGCGGCAUGAUCACCAAGCGCGAGGCCGAGCGCCUUUGUAAGUCAUUCCUAGGCGAAAACCGGCCGCCCAAGCUGCCGGACAACUUCGCCUUCGACGUGUCCCACGAGUGCGCCUGGGGCUGCCGCGGCAGCUUCAUCCCAGCGCGCUACAACAGCUCUCGCGCCAAGUGCAUCAAAUGCAGCUACUGCAACAUGUACUUCUCACCCAACAAGUUUAUUUUCCACUCCCACCGCACCCCGGACGCCAAGUACACGCAGCCAGACGCCGCCAACUUCAAUUCCUGGCGCCGCCAUCUCAAGCUCACAGACAAGAGCCCUCAAGACGAGCUAGUCUUCGCCUGGGAGGACGUCAAGGCCAUGUUCAACGGCGGCAGCCGCAAGCGAGCGCUGCCUCAGCCCAGCGCGCACCCGGCCUGUCACCCGCUCAGUUCCGUCAAGGCAGCUGCGGUGGCGGCCGCGGCCGCGGUGGCCGGGGGCGGGGGCCUGCUGGGCCCGCACCUGCUGGGCGCGCCACCCCCUCCGCCGCCACCACCACCCUUGGCUGAGCUGGCGGGCGCACCGCACGCCCAUCACAAGCGGCCGCGCUUCGACGACGACGACGAUUCCCUACAGGAGGCAGCCGUGGUGGCUGCAGCCAGCCUUUCCGCAGCCGCCGCCAGCCUCUCGGUGGCGGCGGCCACAGGCGGGGCCGGGCCGGGUGCAGGUGGUGCUGGGGGUGGAUGCGUGACCGGCGUGGGCGUGGGCGCCAGUGCGGGGGCUGGUGCGGCAGCUGGCACCAAAGGCCCACGCAGCUACCCAGUCAUCCCAGUGCCCAGCAAGGGCUCCUUUGGGGGCGUGCUGCAGAAGUUCCCGGGCUGCGGGGGCCUCUUCCCGCAUCCUUACACCUUCCCGGCCGCGGCCGCCGCCUUUGGCUUGUGCCACAAGAAGGAGGACGCGGGCGCAGCGGCCGAGGCCCUGGGGGGAGCGGGCGCCGGGAGCACAGGUGCGGCGCCCAAGGCCGGUCUGUCGGGUCUCUUCUGGCCCGCGGGCCGCAAGGACGCCUUCUAUCCGCCUUUCUGCAUGUUCUGGCCACCGCGGACCCCCGGCGGGCUGCCUGUACCCACCUACCUACAGCCCCCUCCGCAGCCGCCGUCUGCGCUUGGCUGCGCGCUGGGUGACAGCCCGACCCUGCUGCGCCAGGCCUUCCUGGACCUGGCCGAGCCGGGUAGCGUGGGUGGCAGCGCGGAGACAGCGCCUCCGCCGGGCCAGCCUCCCCCCGUGGUGGCCAAUGGCCCUGGCUCCGGUCCUCCCGCUGCUGGGGGCGCGGGAGCACGAGAUGCGCUCUUCGAGUCGCCCCCGGGCGGCAGCGGCGGGGACUGCAGCGCCGGGUCCACGCCACCCGCAGAGCCGGGAGUGACGUCCGGGACCGGGACUGCGUCCUCCGGAGCUGGUCCUGCGGGCACUCGUGUGCCGGCGCCCCAUCACCCGCACCUCUUGGAAGGGCGCAAGGCGGGCAGCGGCAGCUACCACCAUUCCAGCGCUUUCCGGCCCGUGGGCGGCAAGGACGACGCCGAGAGCCUGGCCAAGCUGCACGGGGCGUCGGCGGGCGCGCCCCACUCUGCCCCAGCGCACCAUCACCACCACCACCACCACCCACACCACCACCAUCACCACCCUCCGCAGCCGCCGUCGCCACUGCUGCUGCUGCCGCCACAGCCCGAUGAGCCUGGGUCCGAGCGCCACCACCCAGCCCCGCCGCCCCCGCCGCCGCCGCCCCCGCUGGCCCCACAGCCGCACCACCGAGGCCUUCUGUCCCCCGAGGGCACCAGCUGCAGCUACCCCAGCGAGGACAGCUCGGAAGACGAGGAGGACGAGGAGGAAGAGCAAGAGGUGGACGUGGAGGGCCACAAGCCACUCGAAGGCGAGGAAGAGGAGGACGGUCGAGACCUCGAAGACGAAGAGGAAGAAGAUGAGGAGACCGGGGUCCUUCUCGGUGACUCCCUGGUUGGCGGUGGCCGGUUCCUCCAAAGCCGAGGGCUGACGGAGAAGGGGAGCGGCCGGGACCGCACGACGCCCGCCACGGGCGCUUUCCCUCUUGCGCUGAACUCCUCCAGGCUGCUACAGGAGGAUGGGAAGCUGGGGGACCCCGGAGGCUCGGACCUGCCGGCGCCCCCACCCCCACCCCUGGCUCCCCAGAAAGCAAGCGGCGGUGGAGGCAGCAGGCCAGGCAGCCCUGUCCACCAUCCAUCACUGGAGGAGGAGCCCACAUACAAAGAUAAUCAGAAACCCAAGGAAAACAACCAAGUUAUUAUAUCUACAAAGGAUGACAGCUUCUCAGAUAAGAGCAAGGAACACAGCUUUUUCAUCACAGACGCUGAUGCUUCUGGAGACUUUUGGAGAGAAAGAUCAGGUGAACACACACAAGAAACCAAUUCACCUCAUUCGCUCAAAAAGGAUGUAGAAAAUAUGGGGAAAGAAGAACUUCAGAAGGUUUUAUUUGAGCAAAUAGACUUACGGAGGCGACUGGAGCAAGAAUUCCAAGUGUUAAAAGGAAAUACAUCCUUCCCGGUGUUCAAUAACUUUCAGGAUCAGAUGAAAAGGGAACUGGCUUACCGAGAAGAAAUGGUGCAGCAGUUACAAAUCAUCCCCUAUGCAGCAAGUUUGAUCAGGAAAGAGAAGCUUGGCGCCCAUCUCAGCAAAAGCUAAAAGGUUACAGACCCACUUACUCUUGUUCUCUUGUAAGAUACAGCCUACCACUGAGCACUUCGGACCUGCAGGAAAACUGCGAAUUGAAAGGGCUUGGGAAUCAAAGUCAGGUUCAAGAGACGCCAAGGACAAGCGACCUCACAGCAGCAUGGACAGCCAUGUAAAAUAGACUGUGGCCAUCAUUCAUUAGGAGGGGGGAGGGGGGAGCCAACCAGAGCAGUCAAUGCUUGUCACAUCUUUUGGUGGAACCAAAGUUUGAAUGUUUGUGUUUUUAAAGCCUACCUGAACCCAGAGCGCAGGAAGCGCUGUUGGCCGACAGGCUGGGUGGGGAAUCCAUGAUGGUCCUGUGUGGUCUGCGGUGCCACACAGUUGUCCUUUGCUUUUACAGAAGUGAUUUGUAGUGGAAAGAAAACAGAAAAGCAAUCCCGGGAAUGGGGACUUAUGUUUGAACAAACCUGCUUUUCCUAGCAAGCUGGGACAGACACAUGUGGCCCCUUCCUCACUGGUACUUUGCCUGCUGUAUGAAGAUUGUAUUCCUCUGGAAAUAUUUUACAGUUUAAUAUUGAGUGUAAUUAAGAAUAUAAUCAUGUUAUCAAAAAUGGUAUUUAACUCUGUUGUAGUUUCUUUAA